AUGGCUCCAGCAGACAAUGUUUCUCGCAAGCGGGCAGAGUUAGAACGCUAUCCUCCGGGACAUGAUGGCCGGGAUGUUGCUCUCUUCGGACUGGCGGAUGCCCUCAGCGACAGAUACGAGGAAGAGGAAGAAAUCGACUACUUGAACGAGGCAAUUGAUUUGCACCACGCGGCUUUGGAACUCCGACCAAUUGGAAAUAACGAUGACGAUCGGGCCCGGUCACUCCACCACCUCGCUCUCUGUCUUUCAUAUAGAUAUGGAAAGCAAGGGGUCUUCGAUGACUUGGAAGAAGCCAUCGCGCUUGGACGUGAAGCACUAGAGCUGCGUCCACCGGGGCAUCCCAAUCGUGAUGUGUCUCUCCACAAUCUCGCUUCUGACCUCAGGACGAGAUUUAUGAAACACGCUGUGACCUGCGACUUGGAGGAGGCUAUCAACCUCCUCCGUGCAGCUUUGAAACUAUGCCCCUCUCCACAUCCUCUCCUGUCUUCAUCGCUCCAAGGACUUGCUCUCUGCCUGUCGAAUAGACAUGAUAACCAGGGGGGAGUCGAUGACUUGGAAGAAGCCAUCACGCUCGGACGUGCAGCACUAGAGCUUUAUCCACCAGGGCGUCCUGAUCGUGGAAUAGCUCUUUACAACCUUGCAUGCGACCUUUGGAAGAAGUUUCGGGGACAGGCUGACACGCCUGGUUCGCACAGGGCAAAUUCCCGUCAUCAGGCUGUGUCGGUGGUUCGUCCAACAAGCAGGGCUGAUGUCGCCUCUUCCCUUUUCGAGCUCUCAGAACACCUCUGGAACAGGUUUCAGAAGCAGGCCAUGAUGACCGACUUGGACGAUGCUAUUUGUCUUGCAACGUGUGCUUUGGAGCUCCGAUUGCCUCGCGAAGUUGUUUCCGUUGGAGCUUGGGUUCAGAGGCUGUCGCAAGACGAUCUGUGUGUCCUUGUGAAAUACCACAGGGCCAGAUUCCAAGCUCGGCACGCAAUCGUCGACCUGAACGAGGCUAUCACCUUAUACCGAUAUGUGCUGCGACUCCACCGGACUGGGCAUCCCAGUCGCGCUUUGUCCCUCCACAACCUGGCGCAGUGUCUAGCAGACCGGUUUCGUCAACAACCCGCAGCAGCCGAUUUGGACCAGGCUAUUGCUCUCGAGCAAGAAGUCCUGGAGUUACUCCUACGUGAAGACCCAGGUUACGAGGUGUCUCGACGCUGUCUUGCGGCCUACCUCCAAACGAAACUCAAUUCACAA